GCGUCAGCGCCUGUGGAUAUGUGCGUCGGGACGGGGGCACGGUGUCGCUGGAGGGUCGAGGAAGAUGGAGAUUCAAUAGAAGCUGUGCGACUUGUAGCAGGGACUCGGCGACGGUGCGAACGUUUGUAUCGUCAUUUACAGGCGAAUGUUGUGUGAGGACCCGUGGAGGAAGUGCUUCCGUCGCAGUGAGGCAGCUAAUGUAGGCAGAGCUGGGGACGGCUGGAGCUGCUGGGGGGUUUUUGGAGAGGGAAAACAACAUGGCUGCGGUGGAGCUCGAAUGGAUCCCAGAGACACUGUACAACACGGCUAUCUCGGCUGUGGUGGACAACUACAGCCGAUCGCGAAGGGACAUACGGUCACUGCCAGAAAACAUACAGUUCGAUGUCUAUUAUAAGCUUUAUCAGCAGGGCCGACUCUGCCAGCUCGGAGGAGAGUUCUGUGAGCUGGAGGUGUUUGCUAAAGUUCUGCGGGCCUCAGACAAAAGACACCUCCUGCACCACUGUUUCCAGGCCCUAAUGGACCAUGGUGUGAAAGUUGCCUCAGUUCUGGCCAACUCCUUCAGCCGCCGCUGCUCCUACAUCGCAGAGUCUGAUGCCCACGUCAAAGAGAAGGCCAUCCAGUUUGGCUUUGUGCUGGGUGGAUUCUUGUCUGAUGCGGGUUGGUAUGGAGAUGCAGAGAAAGUAUUUCUUUCGUGCCUGCAGCUGUGUACGCUGCACAGUGAGGUCCUCCAUUGCUACCGGGCUGUAGAAUGCUGCGUCAGGCUACUUCAUGUCCGCAAUGGUAAUUGUAAGUACCAUCUGGGAGAGGAGACCUUCAAGCUCGCUCAGUCUUACAUGGACAAACUAGCCAAACAAGGCCAUCAGGCCAAUAAGGCUGCGCUGUACGGCGAGCUUUGUGCCUUGCUCUUCGCCAAAAGCCACUAUGAUGAGGCAUACAGGUGGUGUAUAGAGGCUAUGAAGGAAAUAACUCCAGGGCUGCCUGUCAAAGUAGUGGUGGAUGUCCUCCGGCAAGCCUCCAAGGCCUGCGUGGUGAAGAGAGAGUUCAGAAAAGCAGAGCAGCUGAUCAAACAUGCAGUGUUUCUAGCAAGAGAACAUUUUGGACACAAGCAUCCCAAGUACUCGGACACGCUGCUAGAUUAUGGAUUUUACCUAUUAAACGUUGACAACAUAUGCCAAUCAGUGGCUAUUUACCAGACGGCGCUGGACAUCCGGCAGUCUGUGUUUGGGGGGAAGAACAUCCACGUUGCCACAGCCCAUGAAGAUCUGGCUUACUCAUCAUAUGUGCACCAGUACAGCUCUGGGAAAUUUGACAAUGCUCUAUUCCAUGCAGAACGUGCCAUAGACAUCAUAACUCACAUUCUGCCUGAGGACCAUCUCCUGCUGGCCUCCUCCAAAAGAGUCAAGGCCCUGAUACUGGAGGAAAUUGCCAUCGACUGCCACAAUAAAGAGACAGAAGAGCGCCUCCUGCAGGAGGCUCACGAUCUGCACCUCUCAUCACUUCAACUGGCCAAGAAGGCCUUCGGAGAAUUCAACGUCCAGACGGCCAAACACUACGGCAAUUUAGGACGGCUCUACCAGUCCAUGAGGAAGUUCAAGGAGGCAGAGGAGAUGCACAUUAAAGCCAUUCAGAUCAAGGAGCAGCUCCUGGGCCACGAGGACUACGAGGUGGCUCUGUCUGUUGGCCACCUGGCAUCUCUCUACAACUACGACAUGAACCAGUAUGAAGACGCAGAGAGGCUUUACCUGCGCUCCAUCGCUAUUGGUAAGAAACUGUUUGGAGAGGGUUACAGUGGGCUGGAGUACGACUACAGAGGCCUGAUCAAACUCUACAACUCAGUGGGAAAUUACGAGAAGGUGUUCGAAUACCACAACGUGCUGUCCAACUGGAAUCGGCUUAGGGACAGGCAGUUUGCUGUGGCGGACGCUCUGGAGGACGUCAACACUACGCCCCAGCAGACCCAGGAGGUGGUGCAAGCUUUUUUGUUGGCUCAGAGCUUAGGCCCCACCCGCCCCUGUCUCGGCUGAUUUUAUGAGUGAUGAGAGGAAAAACAGACACGUGGGGAUUAGCCUGGGGAAGAUGCGAAAUGAGCCCAAAUGUGAUGCUUCAGUGGCACACAAAUAAUUAGUGAUACACAGUUAAUCAAAGCAUCACUGGCAAAUGAGUUGGCUGGUGUGGUCAACUGUAAGCUGCCAGUGUGCGCGCGCACACACACACACACACGAACACACACAGUAGAGAUAACACCAUUGUCAAACCUCAUUGACACCCAGACAAACCACCAGGAUGCAACUUCAGACAGGAUGCAGCUUCACCUCACAGAUAAUACUGUUCCGUUUCUCCAAGAGAAGGAGAACCCAUGACUGAGGUGGGGGUGGGGGUUCAAAAAGACCUCAAACAUCCUGAGAGGAUGACUAAUGACCCCUUCUCCUCACUAGCCCUGCUUGCCUUUUUCUUUUCAGUUUGGAAUCUGAGGACAUUAUUGCUUUUGUAUUUGAGCCAGAGUAGCUCUUAAUGCCAUGACACUCAUUGCAGAACAAAACCAUAUUCUCCAGGAUUGUGAAUUACAGAGCAUCUGGACCCCACUUGAGAAAUGUGUUCAAGCCCACAUCCAUCAGCAUCAUAACUCAUCGGAUCACAGAUGGAAGUUGUCUAAUAUUUGACACUUGUACAGUGUAAUGAUACUGCAGAUUGUACACUUAUAUUUCAGUUGAAGGCUUCUUUGUUAUUUCUUUUGCAAGGAAAUGAAAGUGGACCUUGUUAUGAACUGCUUGGUGGAGAUUAAACAGUGGAAUGUGUUGAACCAGUGGGUAAAUUGUUACACACAUAACGGGCUUCACAGGUUUGUUUUCAAUUUAUUUUAUCUGUUUUUUCCAGCUUAGUCCUGACAUAGCAUCAUUAAAAUGCCAAUAACUUAUAUACAGAAGUGUGUUUAUGUAGCCCUUUGUUAAUGCUUUCCUUACUGAGUAAACAAGUCAACACUUUCUUUAAAAACAAGGGACAUGACUCGGAGUGAAAAGAGGAUGAUGCUACAUGUACAGAGGUUAAAAGCCUCCCCUUCUUUGUUCAUGUGAAGGUGUGGCUUUGUGUGUCUGUUUGUGUGUGGGUGUCAGUAUUCACAGAUAUAACUCUGGGUGCCCAAGUGCUCCACUGGUGACUACCAGCCUUACACCAGCUUGCAGUUAUGUCUGUAGACGGACCCAUACUUCUAAGUGCUAAAUAAACGUAUACCCUUAAGGGUACUACAAUGGGUACAAAAAUGUGGUGUGUAUGUGAGUGUAUGUGUACCUGUGCAUCUGGCCUUUCCUUUCCACUCCAAUAUCCCAUAAAUGCAAGGAUCCAUGUAUAUGGGUUUUUUACUGGACUUUUUGCCUCCAUCAGUCAAAGUGUUUACGACCAAAAUCUCAUCUUUUGUUUCCUCUCACAGCUGAACUGUCUCAGUGCAGCUCCUAAAACUGUGACGGUCACUUCCUCAUCGGUAAAAAUCAUCUUUCCCACCAAUCUGAUACUUCAUUGAUGUUGCUGCUUAGCUACUGGUCCACCUCAUAUUGAAAGGAUCAGUUGACUCAUUUAAUUUAAAAAGAGGAUUUGUCUCACUUAACCGUAGCGCAGAGUUUCCCGAACUUUCACCAGAUUUUCAUAGCUGAACAAUGUUGAAUCGGCUGACACAUUGCAUUAACAAAAUCUUCGAUAUUACCCAUAUUUUAAGGAUCCAUUGGUUAUUCAUAUAGUUAACAUAGAAUUUCACUUACACAACACAUCUUACACAUGAAUGUAUGUAGCAUUUCUCCUGUAGAUUAGAUUUCAUCAGUCCUGCUUCGUCUGUUAAACUUUCAUACUGUCAGAGGUGAUCAUGGCUGGUAACUCAAACCAAAACAAUUCAAGGUAAAAUCCUACUUUAAUUUACAGUGACUCAUUACAAUGAAGGGUAAAAUGAAUGUAACUCUACAGUCAAAAAUACAGUAAAUGUGUAAAGAGAUAACUGAUGGGAUUUUGCUCUGAACAGUGCGUCCUGAUGGAAUGUGUGAAUGUCCAGCUGGAAAACAGAUUUUGGCAUAAAUGUCUGCAACAUUACUGAAAACGUGAUGCCUUCACGUACCCCACUGUUUUUUUAAUGACUGAAGAAAUGAAGCUUUGUCGUGAUGUUGCUUCAGUGCUGUGACACAUCUCUCCCUCGAGCAGUGAUGUGAGUCAGUGGGUCCAGCUGAGGAGGUCCAGCCUUAGUCCCCUUAAAGGACGCUCCGCUCCACUCAUGGUGCUUCUACAGGCACCCCCCCCCCCCCCCCCCAAUACAACCCCCUCAGUGACGGGACGUUUGCACAGUGUAUGUAAACUAGACGUAGUUAUUAAAUCAAGUUCACUAGUCACCCUCCCUCCUUUCUUCACCCAUUCAUCCUCUUCGCCCCUCCCUCCCUCCUACUCGUAUCCCUUCAUCCUCCUUCCUACCUUCAUCCUCUUCUCCGGCCUUCAUCCCAAACCUCACCCCUUCAUCAUCUUCUCCCUCCCUCUCCCCUCAUUCAUUCAUCCUCUUCGCAGAUGUGUGUUAUUGUGGAGCGGGGCUUAUGGCAAUGAUCAAUACAUUUCUUAUCAUUGUGAAGAAAAAUUGCAAAAAUUGGGAAAAAUCUACCCUGAGAUACUCGUGCAUCGUUAAGAUGUUGUGUUCAUUCGAUCUGUCUCAUCCUCUGCUACACUUUAAUCAAAGGUCAUUUCUCUACUUGUUGAACUUCAGUCUGUUAGGGCUGCUGUGUUUACCCCACUGGCAAGAGACUCAUGCUUCUUCUGUGGUGGUGACAGAUUUGUCUCUGUGCCACCUGUAAAAGUUUAACAAAUCUGUUCCCAUUGAUUUUGACAUGAAGUGUUUACAGUCUAUACUGAACCUGAAGUGUCAGUAUCUCACCAUGAUGUCACAUUUUCUGUUGGGCUGACAGGAAAAAGAAAAGUACAUUUCAGACGAUGGACUCAGACGUGUUUUAAAGCAGUGUUUAAAUGUAUUGAGAGUGUCUUUCCUUUAAUAUGACCUCGAUAAAUCAGCUGACUGGUGGAAUGUAGGAGACAGGGUUUGACUGUCAUCAGUGUGAUCUGAAAGGGAAUGAAAUAGUUGUAAGGGCUAGAGGAGGGGCGGCGAGUCAGGGUGGCGAGUCAGGGCGGGGGCUGGCUGUGGACGUUGGACAAAUGUUAAAGCUGUGAUCCCACCUUUCAGUUCAGACAAUGUGACUGCCACAAAAUGUGAUGAGGGAAUGUUUCACUGUUGUCUUGUUACUGCUUCACUGUUAGCUGCAAAAACAUUAAAACUUAAAGUGUAUCCUUGAUCACAAACA